AAUUUCUGGUCACCAGAUUAUUUGGAAAAAAAAUAAAAAAUUAUGAAAGAAAUAAAAUAAAAUAAAAAUGGACUUCCAACAAAAGAAGUAGCAAGCAGUAAUACUUGUGGGCACAACAACACACAAGAGCAUUAAAAUAAACAAAUUUACACUCUCAAAAUCAUUUUUCAAAUAUCAUCUUCAAUCUUCAUCCAAUUAGAUUUUGUUUCCACUCCAUUACUCUUCUUCUUUCAUUUCUCAAAUCCACAACAAUAAAUAAAUUACCAGUUCUGCUGUAAUGGAUGCUAAAGCUGUUCAAACGUUGAAUCUGCCGGGUUUGACCCGACCGGAAAAGUUUGUGACAAGAACCGGUUGCUCUUUCACUCGAACCGCUAAACCGGAAAAGCUUCAGAUGACUCGGCGGAGGGUGGUUCUUGCUUGUUCUUAUAACAAUGUUCCAGCUUCGAUAUUGGAAUCUGAAGGCCAUAAGUUUCCCCUUGAGGAAGAGUUGAUUCUGAAGAAUAGAUUGCAACAGAUCCAACCGUAUUUAAAUGGACGCUGUGUAUAUGUUGUUGGAAUGAUGGGCUCUGGGAAGACAACUGUCGGAAAGAUUAUGUCACAAGCGCUUAGCUAUUCAUUUUGUGAUUGUGAUACAUUGAUUGAGGAAGAGGUUGACGGACACUCUGUAGCUGAUAUAUUCAAGCUCUACGGAGAAUCUUUCUUUCGUGAUAAGGAGACUGAGGCAUUGAAUAAGCUGUCCCUGAUGAAUAAACUUGUCAUUUCUACUGGUGGAGGUGCUGUUGUGAGGCCCAUUAAUUGGAAAUAUAUGCACAAGGGGGUUAGUGUUUGGUUGGAUGUACCGGUGGAAGCAUUGGCAAAAAGAAUUGCAGCUGUAGGAACUGGUUCUCGCCCUCUUCUACAUGAUGAAGCAGGGGAUGCGUACACAGCGGCUUUGAUGCGUUUGUCUGCUCUUUUUGAAGAGAGAGGUGAAUUCUAUGCUAACGCCAAUGCCAGAGUCUCAUUAGAAAAUAUAGCAAUAAAACUGGGCCGAAGAGAUGCAUCCGAUUUGUCUCCAACUGAUAUUGCAAUUGAGGCGCUAGAGCAAAUUGGCAACUUUUUAAAGGCUGACAAUGGUGGUUAUGCAAGAUAAUAGUAUGAUAUUUGGCGCAAGCAUGUUUUGAUCGUUUAUAUUUUUUUUCCUCUUCCAUUUGCAGUUUGCAAUUAAGGCCAUGCUGUUGUGCAGUAUUUUUUUGAAGUGUGAAAAUAAAAAUGAAAAUAAAUGUAACAUGGCACAUGUUUAUGCAUAAUUUGUGUUGGCAAUUAAGCGGCAUUUGACAGCCACUAGGUUUUGUUUAUUGUUGAUGAUGUACAGUAUAUACUAUAUAUUCUGGUUGUUAAAGUUUUUGCUGUAAACAUUGUUUGGUUGAUCAGUUAAUGUGUGACUGACUUCCUGCAAGAGAUUGUAUGUUGUAAAGUGAUACUGUAUAUCUUCUAUUUAGGUCUCCCAUGGGUCUUCUUAA